UUUAAUCAUAUAUAUGUAUAUAACCUCAAUAUCUCUGUCAUUUUAUUUGCAUUAAUUUGGAGACAAUAGAAACAUCAAACAGUUUCAUUUGUUUCAGAAGUAGCAGGCAAUUAUUUCUAGUUAGCUAACUGAUCUGUUUGUUUGUCUUUGAAGAAGCUGAAUCGUGGUAGCAAGAAAAUUUACAAUAUCAAGAAUAUUGAGUUUGCCAUGAAAGAAUAUUUGAAUAUUUGUGUUCUUUUCAAAGAAAAAAAGCAAUAAAACAUGUUACAAGCAGAGUCAAUUAGUACAUUAAGUGACCAUGAAGAUGAUAUUGAUGAUUUGGAUGGUUCUGUGAUAUGGUCCCAAGAGGAGCCACUUUCUUCUAACGAGAUAUUGGAAUUAUCGGCACAAGAUGAAAAAGAAAACAGCUUAUUUGCUUUCUGUCGAUUGUGUGCUGGUCAAACCACUAACCCAAUAUAUAUUUAUUCUGAGUUUGGAGAAUCAAUGAAAUUGGCACAUAAAAUAAAUACGUGUCUAAGCAUUAAAAUUAAGAAGACGGACCCAUUACCGAAACAGCUCUGUUUGACCUGCGUCGAGAAAGUAAACUGGUGCGACAAAUUUGACACACAAUGCAUUAAAGCGGAGGAAAUCUUGUCAACGAUGUUAAAGGAGAAGCAAUCUUUUAAUAUUUCCAAUGGAUUGUUUUCCGACCAACAAUCCUGUCCUUUAUGCGUAAAGGGCUUUAUGAAUGUAUGUGAAGAAACAUUCCAGAAUACAAAGGACAUGGAAUUAUACGAGAAUGAUAUAAUUUUAGAAAGCAGUGAUGAGGAGAACAUAUUUAAUAACGCAAAGGUCAAUAAGGAAAACGGGAAUCGUUCUAUCACAUUACAAUGCCUAGGAGAUAGACAGACAUAUCUAAAGUGUGGAGCGUGCAUGAAUCUCUAUCACACCGAGGAGACACUAGAUGGUCAUAAAUGUAAACCCAGUAUACAGAACACAACGAAGCCAUAUAAGUGUCCCAUAUGCGACAAGACAUUCGUGUUCGAAGAACGAUUAAACUUCCACAUGCAAUUUCACAAAGGUGCGAAAGCAUUAUACUGCGAGGUCUGUAAGAUAACGUUCGGCAAAGAAUUGAAGCUAUUUUACCACUAUAAGAGGCAACAUUCUAAGGAGAAUAGCGUCUCAUGUCUGCAGUGUGGAAAGUUAUUCGAGGAUCAGGAGGCGCUCCGAGUGCACGUUUGCGUCGACGGUAAGAAUCGGCCUCAUAUUUGCGAAGUGUGCAAUAAAGGCUUUUUCGACGGCUACACUCUGAAGCGUCACGUAGUGACGCACCUGCCUGAGAAGCCUUACAAGUGCUCGGAGUGCUCGAAGAGCUUUACGCAGAAAUCGAGGUUGAACAAACAUGUCGCGAGCCACUGCAUAGUUAUCGAGAACAGCCAGGCGGUCUGGAAAUGCCUUCAAUGCGGUGAAGUGUUUAUCUCUUGCGACGAUGCAGAUAUUCAUUACAAGAUAAUACACGAGGACAAAGUCACGCUGAUCGAGGAGUUGCUGACAUCGAAGCUGUAUCAUUGCGAGUUUUGCAACAGCCAUUUCACCAACGCGGACAAUCUGAAGACUCAUCAGAAACAUCAUGUUGUCGAAAGACCCUAUACGUGUAAUACAUGCGUGGCUACUUACAGAUCCUUCGCGGAAGCUGUUUUACAUUGGAAGGAACAUCCCAGGCUGUUUAAAGUUCUCGUCGUCUUUCUAUGCGAGGUCUGUAACAAGGACAUGAAGGAAUUAUCCCUGCUGUACAAACACAAGCAAAACAGACACGCCCGCGCGUCCAGAUUGUCCGAGUCGGGCGACGCGAAGUUCAUCUGCGAACUCUGCGGAAGUGUGUUCGACAAAAGCGAGGAUGUACAGGAUCACGGACGAGAUCAAUGUUCCAAGUUUCCCUGCGACAUUUGCGGCAGCCUGCUGCCCACGGCGAACUCCUUGAACGCGCACAAAAGGCGGCACAACGGAUUGCGGCCGUACGUCUGUAACAUUUGCGGAAAGAGUUACACGCAGUCCAGUCACAUGUGGACCCACAAGAGAUUCCACAUGGGCAUCAAGCCUUACGCUUGCGAGUAUUGCGAUCAGCGUUUCACGAUAAAACCGGACUUGGCGGAUCACGUUAGGAAGAAGCAUACGAGGGAGAGGCCGUUCAAGUGCGAGGUGUGCAACAAGGCAUUCCUGACCGGGUCUGUGUUUUAUCAGCACAGAUUGAUACACCGUGGCGAUCGCAGGUACAAGUGCCAUUACUGCGAGAGGGCCUUCACCAGAACGGAGGCCUUGAACAACCACAUCAAGAUACACACCGGGGAAAAGCCGCACUCGUGCGACGUGUGCGGCAGAUGCUUCAGACAGAAAGGAGACAUGAGGAAACACAGACGCACCAAACAUGCCUCCGAACAAGAUAAAUCAAUUGAGAAUUGUCAGAAUUAAAUAUAUGGGACCAUUAUUCUUUCGUUAUUACAGUUGCGUUUUAAUCAUCAUACCAAUAAGAAGCUUAUAUGUACGCGGCAGUAUAUUUAUGCAUAUUACCGAUUAUUAGUUCUCUUAAUAAAUAACAAAGUGUUCCGAAAAAUGUGAUACUA